UCUUGUUUUGCUACAAUGGUGAAGGUGCUAUAUAUAUAUACAUAUAUUCUUUAUGGGAUUUGCGAAUUUGAUACAAGGGUCUUGGAUAUUGUUGGGGUUUACACGGAGAGUGGCUUUUGGGGGAUUGCUUUUCACUCUUCUUGGAUUCCAAGUUUAAUUAUAUGAUUUAUGAACAUUUUCCCAUUUUCCCAUUUUCUCAUUCAUGUGGUGGGGUUUUGGGAUUUUUUUUAAAUAUAUUAAAAAUCUGAUCUUUUGAAUCUUAACAACUUGUUAUUUUUAUAACUUAGAUCUCUGUGUGAUAUACUCUGGUGGAUUCCUCAGAUUGAUAUUGUUAUUUGGUAGUUGAUGUUUUGAUUCUUCAUGUUUGUUUAUUUUGAUCUCUUUUUUUUUUCAUUUAUUCCCAUACUUUAAAAAAUAAUAAAAAUAGAUGCUUGCUGUCUACCGUUUUGGUGGUUUCUUCUUCUGAUACCAAGAUGCUGCUUUUAAAACUAUAUAUUGAUUACUAUAUGCCAUGUUUGGAGCUUGAAACUCUGGUUUUUGGGAAUUAUUUAGUACAAAAGGGUCUGUCAUCUAUGUUCCCCUGAGUUGACUGAGUUAGCCCGGACUCAGUGGACUUUGCCAUCAACAAAGGAAACAAAUGUUUCCAUGGCUCUCUUUCAACUUUUUUCAUAAUUUAUUACUCAAAAAUCCCAUCUUGCCAUUGAAAAAGCUGGUUGAAUUUAGAAGCUGGGUCCCCAUUCCCCACACUUGGUGUUAUAUUCUUUACCGCUUUUGGCAAUGUUUUUAUUGGGUUAUGUGAGUUGCUGUGAUUGUUUGGUGAUUGGUUUUGAGUAAGAUUUCACAGGGAAGGAAAGGGAUCCUGUUUGCUUUGACAAUAUGAAGUUUAUGAAGCUUGGAUCAAAACCGGAUACCUUUCGAAGUGAUGGGAAUAACGUGAGGUAUGUAGCAAGUGAGCUAGCAACUGACAUUGCAGUCACUGUUGGGGAUGUUAAGUUUUAUCUGCACAAGUUUCCCCUUCUAUCAAAAAGUGCCUGCUUACAGAAGCUGGUUGCAAGUGGUAACGAACAAAAUUGCGAUGAAGUUCAGAUUUCUGACAUUCCUGGUGGCUCGGUUGUGUUUGAGAUAUGUGCCAAAUUUUGUUAUGGCAUGACCGUCAACCUUAAUGCUUACAAUGUCUUUGCCACUCGAUGUGCAGCUGAGUAUUUAGGAAUGUAUGAGACCAUUGAAAAAGGGAACUUAAUUUAUAAGAUCGAUAUCUUUCUCAACUCCAGCAUUGUCCACAGCUGGAAGGAUUCGAUCAUUGUUCUUCAGACUACAAAAUCUUUGUCACCGUUAUCCGAUGAAUUGAAGGUGGCCGGUCUAUGCGUCGAUGCUAUAGCUACCAAUGCUUGUAUUGAUGAUUCCAAGGUUGAUUGGUCCUACACUUAUAACCGGAAGAAGCUCCCAGAGGAAAACGGGAAUGAUCCGAACUUUAAUGGUGUCAAAAGUCGACCAGUGCCAAAGGACUGGUGGGUUGAGGAUCUGUGUGAACUUGAAAUCGAUCUAUAUAAGCGUGUUAUAAUGAGUAUUAAAACCAAAGGAAUACAAUCCCAUGAAGUUAUCGGAGAUGCUUUGAAAGCUUAUUCUUAUCGAAGGUUGCCGGGUUUCAGUAAGGGUGUAAUCCAUUCUCGUGAUGUUGGAAAGUAUCGAUCAACGGUUGACACUAUCGUCUGGUUGUUGCCUGCAGAGAAAGGAAGUGUAUCUUGCAGUUUCUUGUUUAAGUUGUUGAAAGCAGCUAUCAUAGUUGACUCAGGAGAAAUGGCUCGGGAACAGCUGGUGAGACAAAUAGGACAACAACUUGAGGAGGCUUCCCUGAAUGAUCUUUUGAUAAGAGCAGCAGAAAGGGAAGACGUAAUGUAUGAUGUCGAUAUGGUAAAGAAAAUAGUGAACAAGUUUCUGAUGCAAGAUCGGAAUGCUGAAUAUGAAUCGGAAGAAAACGAGGUUCAGGAAAUACAAGGAUCCGGAAUCUUAACAGAUGCUUCCAAGCUGAUUGUGGCAAAGUUGAUAGAUGCAUACCUUGCUGAAAUCGCAAAGGAUCCGAACUUACCCUUGUCAAAGUUUGUAGACCUUGCUGAAACAGUGUCUUGCAUCUCUCGGCCUACUCAUAACGGGCUUUACCGAGCCAUUGACAUGUAUCUUAAGGAGCACCCAUGGAUAAGCAAGAGCGAGCAGAAAAGGAUAUGCAAGUUAAUGGACUGCAAGAAACUAUCAGCCGAUGCAUGUAUGCAUGCUGUUCAAAAUGAGAGGCUCCCAUUGCGUGUGGUCAUUCAGGUUCUCUUUUUCGAGCAACUCCGGGGGGCUGCUGCCACUUCAUCCGGAACUAGCACUCCUGACUUACCCAAAUCCCUGAAAAACCCAAAUGGCGGAUCUCACGGGAGCUCAAGAUCAGCACCAACUAAUCCGGAGGAAGAUUGGGAUUCAGUGUCUGCAACCGAGGAGCUGAAGGCUCUGAAACCCGAACUGGCUGCCUUAAGGUUGAGAAACCGCGGAGAUAAUAGAAACAACGUUGACAACGCGGCCGCCAUUAGUAAAAUGAAAGGUUUAAUGAAGUCAAAGAGGAUAUUUACAAAGAUAUGGUCAAGCAAAGCAGCCAUAGGUGAGAACAGUGGUUCAGAUUCAUCAGAGAGUCUUGGUUCUGCAAAUCCUGAAGAAGCUAAAUCAACACCAUCUAGAAAUAGGAGGCAUUCAGUUUCUUAGUAGAAAAUGUGGGAAAAUACAUUAACUUUUUGGUGGGGUUUUUUAAUGUUUUUACCUCUCCUAAUGACAAUGGUAAAUUCAAGACUAGUUUUAUGUUAACUCAGUAAAAUGAAGCAUACUAUAUACAUAUAAUAUUUUAUAUAUAUAUAGGUUUGUUUGUCUGGU